CACCGCUAGUAGCUGCUAGUCUGUUGAUGCCUUGCAUUUUAGUGAGGUCCACAGGAAGCUCAGUUCAGGGUAUCGUCAUCACAAGCUGCGGUCUUGCAAAACUAAGUCGAGUCGCAUGCCGCGUUCUUGGCUGAUCCUAGUGUUUGCUCUGUCUGCUGCUGCAGCCGUUGCUCGAUCUGCUACCGUGGAGCAUACCUUCAAUGUUAGGACAUUAUCACUGCCCCGUGUUUGCCAGCCGGGGAAUAUAAGCAUCACUGCCGUGAAUGGACGAGUACCCGGUCCCAAGAUCGAAGCUAACGAAGGCGACACCGUGGUGGUCCACGUCAUCAACGACUGUCCAUACAACGUGACAGUCCACUGGCACGGCGUGUUCCAGCGGGGCACGCCGUGGGCGGACGGCCCGUCGAUGGUCACGCAAUGCCCCAUCCGGCCGGGCCACGCCUACACGUACCGGUUCAACGUCACGGGGCAGGACGGCACGCUGUGGUGGCACGCGCACAGCUUGUUCCUGCGCGCCACCGUGCAUGGCGCCCUCAUCAUCCGCCCGAGGCGGGGUGCCGGUGCGUACCCGUACCCCAAGCCCGACGAGGAGAAGACUGUACUGCUUGGCGAGUGGUGGGACGCCAGGAACGGUGAUUUCUUCAUCGGCAGCUCCCUGGGAAGCGCCGACGCGUACACCAUCAACGGAAAACCGGGGGAUUUCUACGACUGCCACACCACGCCGAACAGGAUCGCAAAGUUCGAGGUGCGCCGCGGCUCGACCUACUUGCUGCGGAUCAUCAACGCUGCACUCAACACGGCGUUCUUCUUCAAGGUGGCGAGCCACACGUUCACCGUCGUCGCGGCGGACGCGAGCUACACCACGCCGUACGAGACGGACGUGAUCGUCAUCGCGCCGGGGCAGACCGUCGACGCGCUCAUGGUGGCCAACGCCUCCCAAGGCUGCUACUACAUGGUGAUCUCCUCGUACCAGAGCGCGUUCCCCCUGCGACCGGGGAGUUUCAACGCCAACGUCACCACGGCCGUCGUGGAGUACGUCGGAGCGGCGCCGAGCGAGCAGCACGCUCCGGCGCUGCCCGCCAUGCCGGAACUGACCGACACGACCACGGCUAACCGGUUCUACACCAGCUUGACGUCACUCGUCCGGCCUGACAAGCCGACCGUGCCACUCGACGUCGACACCCGUAUGUUCGUCACUGUCGGGCUCGGUUUCUCCUCCUGCGAUCCCGCGCAGAAGUCGUGCCGCGGGACCGCCGGCGGGGUCGCGGCCAGCAUGAAUAACGAGUCUUUCGCACUCCCAACAGCCAUCUCGAUGCUCGACGCGCGGUACCGGAACACACCGGCCGGCGUGUACACCAGGGACUUCCCCGACCAGCCGCCCGUGGUGUUCGACUACGCAAACGUGACGAAAAAUGUGGUUGGCAGCAGCGCCGCGACGCUGUCAUCCACGGGGAGCCCGUCGACGAAGGUCAGGGCGCUUCGGUACAACGCGACGGUGGAGAUGGUGCUACAGAAUACGGCGCUGGUCGGGCGCGAGAGCCACCCGAUGCACCUGCACGGGUUCAACUUCUUCGUGCUGGCGCAGGGGUUCGGCAACUACGACGGUGCCACGGCCGCGGAGCAGUUCAACCUCGUCAACCCGCAGGAGCGGAACACCGUCGCGGUGCCGACCGGCGGGUGGGCCGUCAUCCGCUUCGUCGCCAAUAACCCAGGAAUGUGGUUCAUGCACUGCCACAUCGACGCGCACCUCGCGAUCGGCUUGGCGAUGGUUUUCGAGGUGGAGGAUGGGCCGACUCCGGACACGGCGCUGCCGCCGCCGCCGCCGGACCUCCCGAAGUGCUAAGGGUGCUUCGGCCAUGGAACCCGGCGGGACAUGGAUGUCAACAAAAAUAAUGUUUUGGACGAGAAGCAGAAGGCGAGCUGUGUACAGGCGCGGAGCUAAAAAUAAUACAAGGAAAGGGCCAACUGGUAACAAUUUCAAUGUAAAGAGGACAAAUAUUAACUUGCUACCUUAUUUUCAUAGCAAAAACAUGUAUAUAUAAGGGUGUACAUGAAGCAUGAGGGGGCCAUGGCUCCCCUAGCCCCCUGCUAGCUCCGUCCCAGGCUGUGUACUUCGAUAGUUCGAUUUCACGAUUGAUUGUAUGAUUUUUUUGGAAAAAAAGGGACGAUUGAUUGGAUGA